GCUUGCGCACGUGGGUUUGCACACACAGCGUGGAUCAGUGUGCAGAGCGCUCAUGAACGCGCAGUUACGUGCACUUACGUGCACAUCGCUAACCGCGCUGUGCCGUUAUCCCAGUAUUUGUGCGAGCGGCCGAGCUGACCCCGCGAUCCGGGAUGUCCGAGCUGCCCGCGGACAAAGGUGUCCCACCGGCGGGCGCACCAAAUGACAACGGCGACGUCCGGCAGGGGGAGGUAGGCGGCAGGAGGCGGGAGCCGGCCCCCGCACAGCCUGUGGAGGCCAGGGACCGUCCGAUGGCGGCGGCCGGAGAAGGUCCGAUGGCUUCACCCGUGGAAGGUCCAGUGCCGGAGGCCAGGGAAGGUCCGAUGGCGGCGUCCAGAGAAGGCCUGGGGGCAGCGGCCAGGGAAGCCCGGAUGGCAGAGGUCGCCCGAUUGUUGGUGGAGCCAGCGGAGGAAGAGGGUCCCGAGGGCAGACCCUGGUCCAGGAACGGCCCGGGCCUGGCUGCGUUACCAUAUCUCCGCCUCCGUCACCCACUUGGCGUUUUAGGAAUUAAUUACCAGCAGUUCCUCCGCCACUAUCUGGAACACUACCCGAUUGCUCCUGGCCGAAUUCAGGAGCUUGAAGGACGGCGCAGGAGAUUUGUGGAAGCCUGCAGAGCCAGGGAAGCGGCGUUUGACGCAGAAUAUCAGCGGAAUCCUCAGAGGAUGGAUUUUGAUAUUUUAACAUUUAGUAUAACUCUGACUGCAUCUGAAAUUAUCAAUCCUCUGAUAGAAGAACUUGGUUGUGAUAAGUUUAUCAGUAGAGAAUAGUUUAAUGAUGCAACUACUUUCAGAAGAACUCUGCCUUCAAGUCAGUGUUGUAUACCACUCCUGCAACUUGAAUUUACAAAGUACGUGAGAAUAAGGCAAAGCACAGCUGGGGGAAAAAAGGAAGCUUAUCAAGAAAAACUCAGAAGAAAUGAAAAAAAGAUCAAAACCUUAUGACUCUUCUGACAUCCUUGGAGUUUGUGAUUGAUCCAGAUUCUUUUCCCUGCAUUGUGGAAAUGUCUUUUCAAAUUGCUUCACUGAAGAGAAGAAUGGUUUUCUAAAAUUGAGGCUUGAUGAAGAAAAACUGCCAAGAGAGCCCAUGGUGACGAAAGAAAUCAUCAAAUAGCAGUGAUAGGAAUAGGAAUUCCUACAGGACUGGAAGGCCAUGGAGAGAACUGGAAAUUGUCAGUUCUGAUAAUUCCUCUUGAGUUUUCUUCAUGUCAGUUUCAACAGAAGUUUUUGGUGUAAGAUUACUUUUGUGUUUUAUGAGGCAUUUCAAAGGACAAGCAAAGUCAAUGCUGUAUAUAUUAUACGAUAAAUUGUGUAUUUCAAGAAUAUCUGAAAUUUCUAGAUUUUUUUUUCUUUUUUAAUACCUUUUUGGUAAAUAUUUGUAAGCCCCCCAGAUAUAAAAUGCACAAUGAAAAGUCUUCUAUCUCUGUCCCCUCUCCACCCAGUGCUUAGUACAAUUCCCAUUUAUAACCACAGUACUUCUGUCUUUCCAGUUUCCCUAUAUAUACACAAGUAAAUGCAAAGCUGGGU